CCCAGUAACAGAGAUACCCCAGAGAGAUGUCCCCGUCCUCUGUAUUCCCAGGAUUGUACAGAGGAGAAUCACAGGAUCCCACAGGAGGAUCAGGUAGAACGUCUGUCUGAUAAUAAAACAGAAGAUAUAGAGGGAGAAGAAGAGACAUAUGUGACUGAUAUAAAGGUAGAAGAUAUAGAGGGAGAAGAAGAGACAUAUGUGACUGAUAUAAAGGCAGAAGAUAUAGAGGGAGAAGAAGAGAUGUAUGUGACUGAUAUAAAGGCAGAAGAUAUAGAGGGAGAAGAAGAGACGUAUGUGACUGAUAUAAAGGCAGAAGAUACAGAGGAAGAAGAAGAGACGUAUGUGGCUGAUAUGAAGGCAGAAGAUAUAGAGGGAGAAGAAGAGACGUAUGUGACUGAUAUAAAGGCAGAAUAUAUAGAGGGAGAAGAAGAGACGUAUGUGACUGAUAUAAAGGCAGAAGAUACAGAGGGAGAAGAAGAGACGUAUGUGACUGAUAUAAAGGCAGAAGAUAUAGAGGGAGAAGAAGAGACGUAUGUGACUGAUAUAAAGGCAGAAGAUAUAGAGGGAGAAGAAGAGAUGUAUGUGACUGAUAUAAAGGCAGAAGAUACAGAGGAAGAAGAAGAGACGUAUGUGAGGGGUGAUCAGCAGUGUAAGGAGGAGGAGGAGAUCCCUACAGAUAUCAGCACAGAUGGACACACAAGCAGGAAUAUCUCAGAAAGACAUCUAAUGUUAUCCCCGGAUUGUGACAUAAAAGAUAAUGACAGUAUACAGGAUACUCCAGGAGAUAACCCCAUUACCCCAAUUAUACAUCCAACUCUAUCAGCUGAUCCCUCUGAUCCUGGGAAAUGUUCUCCUGAUCACUCUGAUAUUGGUGCAUCUGUUACAGCUCUGAGAGUAGAUACAGAGUUUCGCUGUUCUAUAGAUGCCAAAUGUUUUACAAAGAACACAAAGCCUAUUAACCCACAGACAGGUAAGGCAGGUGAGAGGCCAUUUCUAUGUUCUGAGUGUGGGAAAUGUUUUACAUACAAAUCAGCUCUUGUUACACAUCAGAGAAGGCACACAGGUGAGAAGCCAUUUCCAUGUUCUAAGUGUGGGAAAUGUUUUACAUACAAAACGACUCUUGAUGCACAUAAGAGAAGUCACACAAGUACAUCACCAUUUCCAUGUUCUAAGUGUGGGAAAUAUUUUGCACAGAAAUCACAACGUGCUAGACAUCAGAGAAGUCACACAAGUGAGAGGCCAUUUCCAUGUCCUGAGUGUUGGAAAUGGUUUGCACAGAAAUCAGAUGUUGUUAAACAUCAGAUAAGUCACACAGGUGAGAGGCUAUUUCCAUGUUCUGAGUGUGGGAAAUGGUUUGCACGGAAAUCAGAUCUUGUUAAACAUCAGAGAAGUCACACAGGUGAGAAGCCAUUUUCUUGCUCUGAGUGCGCAAAAUGUUAUACUCGGAAAGCACAACUUGUUAUACAUCAGAGAAGUCACACAGGUGAGAAGCCAUUUCCAUGUUCUGAGUGUGGGAAAUGGUUUGCACACAAAUCAGAUCUUGUUAGUCAUAACAGAAGUCACACAGUGGAGAAUCCAAUUUCUUGCUCUGAGUGUGGGAAAUGUUUUACACGGAAAUCACAACUUGUUACACAUCAGCGAAGUCACACAGGUGAGAGGCCAUUUCAAUGUCCUGAGUGUGGGAAAGGGUUUGCACAGAAAUCAAAUCUUGUUAGACAUCAGAGAAGUCACACAGGUGAGAAGCCAUUUCCAUGUUCUGAAUGUGGGAAAUGUUUUGCACACAAAUCAGAUCUUGUUAGUCAUAACAGAAGUCACACAGUGGAGAAUCCAAUUUCUUGCUCUGAGUGUGGGAAAUGUUUUACACGGAAAUGCCGCCUUGUUAUACAUCAGAGAAGUCACACAGGUGAGAAGCCAUUUCCAUGUUCUGAGUGUGGGAAAUGUUUUGCACUCAAAUCAUCUCUUGUUAGACAUCACAGAAGUCACACAGGUGAGAAGCUAUUUUCUUGUACCGAGUGUGGGAAAUGUUUUACACAGAAAUCACAUCUUGUUAGACAUCAGCAAAGUCACACAUGUGAGAAUCCAUUUCCAUGCACUGAGUGUGGGAAAUGUUUUACACAGAAAUCACAACUUGUUACACAUCAGAGAAGUCACACAGGUGAGAAGCCAUUUUAAUCUUCUGGAGUAUACUUAUCAUUGCCAGGCGUUGUUCUUCAAGGUUCUUAUCCUAUCUCCUAUGCUUUUUGCAAUAUACAUGCUACCGCAGGGUGAAAUAAUCAGAUGUCAUGCCCUCAUCUGCCACUGCUAUACAGAUGACCUGUCUUUUACUCCGUGUACCGAGAACCCAGUACCAAUCCUAAAUGGUUGUCUAGCUGAGCUCCAGGUGUGGGUGAUGCAAGUUGGCUGUGACUCAGUCCUGGUGAAACAUGUCAUUAUGAUAGGAGUUCACCAACAAAGGGCAGGGCUACAGCUCAGCUUUGCAAACCAACCUAGACAUGCUUGGGCGUUCAGAGUUACAAAAUGCUGAUCCCGUGCGGAAUCUAGGUGUCCUGGAUGGCGGAGUGUAACUUAGACAUCAGGUAUCUGCCACAAUCUGAUCCUCAUCUGAGGAACAUAGCCAGAUUCCAGCACUUAUUUCCCUCAGAAGAUCUACAUGAUGAGGAAAGGCUUGAAAGACUAGGCAUGUUUACAUUGGAAAAGCGGAGACUAAGAGGGGAUAUGAUCAACAUCUACAAAUAUAUAAGGGGACAAUACACAGAGCUUGCACGGGACCUGUUUUUGGUUAGAUCAACACAGAGGACUCGUGGACACUCGCUCAGGUUAGAGGAGAGGAGAUUCCGCACAAUACGGUGUAAAGGCUUUUUCACGGUAAGGACAAUACGUGUUUGGAAUUCCCUGCCCGAGGGAGUUGUAAUGGCGGAAUCUGUCAACACCUUUAAGAAUGGGUUAGGUAAAUUCCUAUUGGAUAAGGAUAUCCAGGGGUAUGGUGCAUAGUCAUGCAUUAUAGUUACUAUAAAUAGGGAUAAAAUGCAAUGGCUGACAGCAGCAUCAGUCAGAAAUUUUAGUCAAAUCAUCAUGCAUAGGACAGCACAAAUAGGUUGAACUCGAUGGACAAUUGUCUUUUUUUCAACCUCGGAUACUAUGUUACUAUGUCAUACAUGCACUUGUAUCCUCCCAUUUAUACUACUGCAAUGCCCUCUACCUGGGUCUCCCAGCAAUAGAAUUGCACCGCUUCUACAGAAUGCAGCAGCCAGUCUGUUACCUAACCAGCCCGUUCCUGCCACAUAACACCCAUUCUCUGCUCCCUUCACCGGCUGCCUGUAAGAUAGUGACUCUGGGCCUAAUUCAGGUUGGAUCGCAGUGUGAUCCAAAUGGAAUUAUUCAGAAAAAGUUGCGGAUGCAUGCGCAGUGCCAAUCCUGCGCAUGCGCCGCAUUUUCUGCAGAAAAUGCGAUUGCCUGUCAGGCAGAGGCAGUCACCUGGGGUGAGCGGGCAAUGCUCCAUUUCCAGGGAGGAGGCGGUGUGGCGUGAAUGGAGGGCAGAGGUGGACAAGCGGGCAUCAUCACGGUGGCUAUGUGACAUCACAUGCUGCCGCCGUGAUUGAGAAGAAUGUGGCGGGCCUCCUGCGGUAGCAGCUAAGCUGCGGCAGCAGGAGGCUUCACUAACUUCUACGAUGAAGCAGAAAUCGCAAUCACAAUUUCUGUUUCAUCAAGGGGGGGAGGCGGCGGUCAGCAUUCUGGGUGGCUUUGCCCUGCGAUGGGCGGCCCUUAGCAUGCUAGGAAAAGGACUGCUAAUUAGCAGAAUUUGCAAUCCUUACUGAAUUAGUCCCGCUAUUAAAUCUUACUGACUCCCAGCCUUGCAUGACCAUGGUACCAGAAGCAGCUUCUGCCUCUGUACUGCCCUGCUUUCUUCCAUCUGUUGAUGAAGGACUGUUAGCAGUACCAUAGAUCCCCAAGCAGUGCUUAGAUGUCGGGGAGACAGGGUAGGUGGCAGUAGUGCAGUAGCGGGGGCUGCUGGAGGCAGUGUCUAAGUGGGUAAUAUUGUCCCCAAGCAGCGCUGAGGUGUCAGUGGGGAGAUAGGGCAGGUGGCAGUAGUGGGGGAAGACAGGACGGUGGCAGUAGUGGGUGGGGAGGCAGUAGUAAAAGGAGACAGGGUGGAUGGCCGCAGUGCAGUACCAGGGGCUGCUGGAGGCAGUAAAGAGGUGUAUGUGUUCCGCACAGAAUCAGUUGAUAAUUAGACUUAAUGAUGAUUCUGCUUCCUUAUUUCUAAUUAUUCCCUUGUAUGUGUUAUUGUUAUUUUACUGAGUCAGCCUUUAUGUGUGUUCUGUGUAAUAAUCCUGGUGCUACCGAUGUCAUAUCAUUUGAAUUAACUUGGAAAAGAUUAGAUAUUGUUAGGCGCGGCGGUGCUCGCCCGCUCUCUGACAGAGCAGCGGUCACAGCCACCGCGCCUCUCUCCCUGUCCGUCUCCGCACGGCGCCUAGCAACGCCGGGUGCGCGAUAGCCGCCGGCUCCCUGGCAACGCUAGGACGCCAUGCGUUCAGUGCCGCCGGGUCCAUAGCAACGGGGACGCCACAGGCGGACCGCGUUCCCCGUUGCAUUAAUGAAGCAUUCACACCUGUUUUUCCCCUGCUCGUGCAGCAAGUCAGCUGCACGACAUUUGUUAAUUAGGCUCUGUAUUCCUAUUGGAGGGUUCCCUGUUAUAUGCCUCCUCAGUGCCUCACACAAACGCCGGUGAUAGCUUCCUGCAUGCUGUUUAUGUCUGGUGAACGUCUGUUCCUGGUCUGCUGUGUCCGGUCCAUCCUGCUUCCUGUGUCCUUGUAUCCAGGAGUUCUUUAGCCGGUUUCGGGAAUCCUUCUGGUCCUCGUGAACCUGUGGCUGUCGUUUGGGGUUCUCGCCCGGUUUCGUGAGUGGCGGCUUUGCCGCGUGUUGCGGCCUAGCCCGCUUUAGUAUUGCAUUAUUUUGUACUAGUGUAUUUGCGGAGGUUUCCGCUUCCACUGUCUUCCCCGGAACUCGGCGGUGCCGUGUGGGGGAGUGGACAGUGGUAUCUUUUUGGUUGUUCUUUUCCUUUGGCGGCAAGCCGCGCAUACAUUUAGUUUUAGGCUAGUCAGUAGCCCCUGGCUUUAGUUGUUUCAGUUAGAGGUCCCCUUUUUAUUACCCUGUCUCAGUUCACGCUUUGUCUCUCUUUAAGACCUGAGGGGGCAUCGGAGUUGGGCAGACCUAAUCCGCCCUUCAAACGCGGCUGCCAUGGGCCCAAGAAACCAUAGUCCUGCAAGAGUGAAUUGACAGCACGGGUAAAACAACGGAGGUAGGGUGCCAGGGGCUAUUCCUGUUCUAUAUCACCAAUUCCAGCAUUACGUCCUGGUGCUCCGGACUCACUUCAUAACAUCUUCCGUGUUCUGAGCACCAGGGAUCGUAACAGAUAUGAGGUGCACUUUGGAAGAAUAUAGGGGGUCAAUCAAAGAUGAACGCAGAUGUGACAUCACGCAGCCCCCCAUCCCCCCGGAAAAUUUUCCCGGCCUGCCCACGUUCAGCCCUCAGGGAUGUGACUGCAAUGUGUGUGUCUGCGUGGCCACUGCGCGUGUGCAUUUUGCCACCACCGGGUAAACUGCUGCGGGCCACUAUUGCGGCUGGGUCUGAAUGACCCCCAUAGGCUGUUGUGCAGAGUAAAGUAUUUUUUAAGUUAAAAAUAUAGAUAAAAUAUGUGUAUUAAAGAUAUGAAAUAAAGUCGUUUAAAAGCAAAAGAUUUCUGGUGCAAUUUUGGCUAUGUUACGGGGGGGUCUCUCUGCCUAUUUAAAUAGUUUUAUCAUUUGUUGUAUUCAAAUAAAUUUAUGUCUAUUCAAAA